UGAGUGGAUUCCAUUGAGCAGCAUACUGCCAUGCCUCCACGACCAAGCCCACCGCGUCUUACUCACUUUCUGUGUCUCCCACUCGUCACGCCAACCUCUCGUUCUCAACUUCAAAACUCACUCGCCACCUUUCGAGACAAGGUCACGGGAAUUUCCACACCAGAACUUCCAAAUGGCAUACCCGAGAAAGCCAUCAGACCUUUGGGCACAUUACAUCUCACGCUGGGCGUAAUGAGCUUGCUGUCCCAAGAACGAAUAGACAGCUCGUUAAAAUUAUUGAGGGAGCUUAAUCUGAAAGAGCUUCUUUCAUCUUCAAAUCCAGAUGAAACAAGCAACCCAGUCGCUCAGAGCAUGUCGAAGGCCAAAGCGAUAGCGAAUGACAGUGAGGAGGCAAAGCCAUUGCAGGUUACAUUGAAAGGGCUUGAGAGCAUGCACACAUCGUCAAAAACCUCAAUACUUUACUCGGCCCCAGCCGACGACGAUCGGCUUUAUCCCUUCUGCCAAAAGCUUAAAGACAUAUUCACAGAAGCCGAGUUUAUUCUUGUGGAGAACCGUCCAUUAAAGCUCCACGCUACGAUCGUCAAUACAGUCUACGUUCCUGGAGUUAGAGGCAAAGGUGGUCACGGCAGGAGCAAGGCCAAAUUAAAUUUUGACGCGCGAGAGAUUCUGGAGGAUUUCGAAGACUUUGAAUGGAUGAUGAAUGUGAGGAUUGAGAAAGUGGCUAUUUGUAAGAUGGGGGCGAAGAAGAAUGAAGAUGGUGAAGAGGAGUAUGUUGUUGAGGGAGAGGUUGAGAUGCCCUGAUUAUGACAAAUUAACAAGGAGUUCAGCGGUAUCCGGUCGAAACGUGAUCUAAAUAAGGCCUCUUUUCUCUCGGGACGAGAUUAUGAGGCGAAGACGAGUAUAAUUAUGUUGUUGGUGUGGGCGGGAGCCGAGGACGCCCUGAUCCUUACAAAUCAUCCAGGAGUUCAUUGGCAUCUGCUUCGUGUAGCCCAAAAUUGAUCUAAACAAGAAAUUAUCUCCCGGAACAUAAAUAUGAGUGGUCCGUCAUCGAAUGGGUACGUCCAAUCGGG